CAGCGCGGCUCGUCAUUCUAGUCAGGCGUCAGCUGAUUGGUUGAAUUUUCCGGAAGCGCUGUCGCUGUUCUGGUAAAUGUGAGAGUGUUACGUAUAGGGAAUGGCAGAGAGCGAUUUAUGGAGUUGUCUGCAGAGAUUCUCUGAGGAAAUUAGGGAGCUCCAUGGAACGGAUUCAGUCCCUUAUCUUGAUGCAGUUCCCUCUCCGUUGCAGUUUCAUCGAGAAUGGAUAUCCCCAAACAGACCCUGUAUCAUUCGCAACGCCAUAAGUCACUGGCCAGCCUUUCACAAAUGGACAUUGGGUUAUCUCCGCACUCGUGUAGGCUCCAAGAAAGUUAGUGUGGCUGUCACCCCAAAUGGGUAUGCGGAUGCAGUGUACAAGAACAGAUUUGUCAUGCCUGAAGAGAGAAGCAUGCUUUUAUCAGACGUCCUGGACAUUGUGGAGAAGAAAUCAAAGCCCCCGGGGGUAUUCUAUAUCCAAAAGCAGUGCUCUAACCUCACUGAAGAGUUCCCUGAGCUUGUAGAGGACGUGGAAAACCAUAUACCUUGGAUGAGUGAAGCAUUGGGAAAGAGUCCAGAUGCUGUUAAUUUCUGGCUGGGGGAAUCAGCGGCGAUAACUUCUUUACACAAAGAUCACUACGAGAAUCUUUACUGUGUCAUUUCUGGAGAGAAGCAUUUUAUUCUGCAUCCGCCAAGUGACCGGCCUUUUAUCCCUUAUGAAAUGUUCCAGCCAGCAACAUACCAUGUAUAUGAAGAUGGGUCUUUUAAAGUUGUUGAUCUUGAAUCUGCAGACAAGGUUCCCUGGAUUCCUGUUGAUCCAUUAGAGCCAGACUUGAUUCGCUACCCUGCUUAUAAAGAGACAAAACCUCUGCACUGCACGGUGAGAGCUGGAGAAAUGCUCUAUCUGCCUUCUCUGUGGUUCCAUCAUGUGCGUCAGUCUCACGGCUGCAUUGCAGUAAAUUUCUGGUAUGACAUGGAGUACGACAUCCGCUACCACUAUUUCCAGCUUCUUGACUCUAUCUCCAAAACCGACACUUGAAGAAGCGCCAUCAGAAUCUGGAAUAAAAUGCCACAAUCAGACAGCCCCAUAAUGCCAGACAAAACCCCUGCUAUGGAUAAGAAGAUUCAGCUACAUUGAGUCUGAGGGAGUUGUUCUCCUCAUAGAGACUUCAUGUCCUGUGUGACAUCUGAGUAAACUAUUUAUCUUAUAUCAUGUGAAAUACACAAAGAGCUGCUCAUGACAAUAAAGGCAGCACAUAUGUAUGUUUUA